UGUCAGGUGAGCCUGAGAAAAUGGCUCAUGUGAACUAGUACUACGCACGACGUCUGUUCUAUAUAAAGGAUAUUAAUUUCUCAAGGAAUUAUUAAUUUUUUCAAAUUUUAUAAUGAGAUAUUAUUGUUCUACGUCGUGAUUUAUUUAACUCGCUCGAAAGUAAAUUUCUUUCGGAUGACGCGAUGACGCUUCACUGGUGGAUGCAUUGGUUCUGGGUGACCUCGCAAUUUGUUGUCAUUUUAGGAAUUCCUAUUUCAUUGGAAACGGGAGAUCCAUCUAUUAAAUAUGAGUCGACUACAUGGCAAAGUGUCACUGACAAAAUGACAACAAUUUCUGAUCAAGUUUCAACCGAACCAGAACCUACUGUAGCUAAUAUGAGAAAAGCUAAAGCAAUUAAUUUUUAUCAACCGUCCAUUAAAGGAAAUUUAGCUACUAAUCCUUUGAUAAGUAGGCCGUCCACAAAUGCUUCCAUAGCUUUAAACAGCCCCCAAGAAAAUCCCGAGUAUCGUAACAACGGUAUCGUAAACCCGUAUACAUUUAAUCCUGAUGAGCGUACUGCUAAUUUCUGGAGUGGUCAAACUGAAAUACAGAGAGAGGAGCUGAUAGAUAAUUUUCGUACUAAAAAUGAUAAAGUUUACGAGAAACGAAAAGAUACAAGAAUUACAUGGAUUCUAACUACUGUUAGACCACCAACAAGGAGGAAAAGUGAUGACGAAGAACCAGAGAGCAAAUUUCAAAACUUCAGUACUACCGAGGAAAAAGAUCUUACUGUUCUGCCCUUGAGGCUUGAAGAGAGAAUAAAAUUAGUAGUAAAUAGAACCCAAGUCACGACUGGUGACGACAAUGGAACGAUAUUUAGUACUGGGAUUUUCAACAGUUCCGAAGAUAUUGAAAUAGAUCAAGAACUGGCGGAACCUCGGGUUUCUUCAGCUACUAGAGUACCAAUUUUUCAUACUGAUUCUACGCGGCUUAGUCGGACUAGGAAUGCUUUCGUCAGUGACUUCCAAUUAGAUCGGGCGCAGGAUCGUUCUUCCCAAGAUGAUGAAGAAAUUGACAGUGGAAAUAUUAUUAACAGUAUUAAUGUUCGACCUACAGCUUUCGAUAUUGCUGUCAUUACCGGAAGCUGUUUGGCUAUGGUUGUUUUUCUUAGUGUGAUGAUCAGUUUUGGAUUUAUUAUGUAUAGGCGGAAAUAUUUGAAUCCACCGCAGACUUUGAACAGUGAUAAAUGCAGUAAUCCUGAUAGUUCUGGUUACAUUGAUGAUUCUACGAUUCGAGAUAAUUCCGAAGAAAUGUAUAGUUUGGACAAUGAUUCCUUUUUAAACUCUCUUGAAGCAAUGACAAUACAAAAUUAUUGGACAGACAGUGUGAAGCACACUAAGCUAUGACAUUAAACCAUAAUGCUUUUAGUCCUAGAAAAUAAAUUAUAAGAAUAAAAGCCCAGUAAAAAAUAUUGUGGUAAAAUCAACAUAAUCUGUGUUAUAAACGGUCCGCACAAUAUUUGUGUUAUAUUUUAACACAGACUUGUGGUGAAAUUUAACUGAAAAAAAAUAGCUUUUGUAAAAAUAAUAUUUUCUCAAGUAAGUCAAUAAAAAUUAUAUUAUUAAUUUCACAUACAAGGUAAAAGCCCUUACCCGCUCACUUUUCGUUGGAGUGAGAUUAAAUCACUCAAUAUAAAUUAAUAAAUAAAAUGAAAAACCACAUUUUUUUUUUAUAGUUAUUUUUUGAAGUUUUGAGUAUUAGAAUAAAAUUAUAGUUUGAAAAAUAAUGUUGGUGGUUAAUUAUUAUUAGUUUUUAAAAUAAGGUCCUUGAGUGUAUCCAUAGUCGCUCACUACAAGUUUCGAUGUACCAUUACUCGAUCAACACAUAGCCCUACAGUCGCUCAAAGACAAUAUCAAUUAAACUAUGAUAAGUUUAUUGACUUGGACAAAUAAUUUAUAAAUAAUACUACUUUAUUCUUUCAUAAUAUUAAAUUUCAUGAAUUUUAAAAAUGUAUCUAAUAAGAUAUGUUUAUAACAAUUCUUAAAAAAUUUGACGCAGCCUAAAUUUAGUCUAACGAAUGAACGUUAAAGUAAAAAAUGCCCGGCUAAGCGCGAUUUUGAAAAGUCAUUUAAUGUAAAUUUAUAAUCUAUUAUAAAAUAAUUUGAUACAUGAUAUUUUAAUAUAUUUAGAUUCGCAAAUAAUUAUUUAUCAAUAAUAAUAUUUUUAGUUGUAACUUCUUUUUUAUAAAAAUUAUAAAUAAAACGCCUUAAAUAAAGUGAGCGGGUAUAGGGGCUUUUACCUUAAGGCGAAGAAUAAUUUUCGACAGUAGAAAAUCGAAAUUUAUUUACACUAUUCCAAAAAAAGACGGUCAGCAUAUUUCGAGCUAAACUCAGAUUUCUUACAUUAAGGAAAUUAUUUUUAAUAAAGUUUUCGAAUUUUUGCACUAAAAAUAUAUUGGAUUGAAAAUUUACAAUAGCAUAAUUUCUUGUAAGAAGAAAGUACAUUUACUGAAAGUUAUUUUUUCUCUGUGUUCAACACUGUGGUAAAAUUUAAACACAAAAUCCGGGAAUACCAGAAGUAAAUUCAACACUUUUUAAAUGACAGGCAACAAAAAACAAUGUUAACUUUAACAUUUUAUUUUUGUACUACGAAUAUUUAUUAAAUGUAAUUUAUAUAUUAAUUUAAAGUUAUCAAAAGUGACAACAA